UUGCUGUCAGUCGAAUCUUGUCUUUUAGCAGGUUCUUCUGAUCAAGAGCAAAAACUGGUUGGCAAAUUUUCUGAGUCAUCAAAAAUGGUCAAAAUGACUGGGGAUCAGUUGACCGAAUUUCAGAAUGUGGAUAGUACCCCAAAAAUAUUGGGAAUAUAUAUGGUACCUUCUGUCGAGUACAUAAUUGCUGUUCUUUCUGUUCUAAGAUGUGGGGAAGCUUUUUUACCUCUGGAUCCUUCAUGGCCAAAAGAGAGGAUAUCAUCCAUCGUUUCUAUGUCCAAUGUUGGGUUUGUUAUCAAGGGUACGUCUUCUCUGGAUACAAACAACCAUGACCAUUGUGACAAAUCUGAUUGGCUAGUGGAUCAGAGCUGCUGUUCUAUUUUAUGCAUAUCUAUGAAGGGGAACCUACGGGACCAAUUUGAUCAGCUUCACUUGGGUUGGCCUUGUGAAAGUAAAAACCCAAGAACAUUCUGUUAUUUGAUGUACACGUCCGGAUCAACUGGAAAGCCUAAGGGCGUAUGCGGCACUGAGCAAGGUCUUGUUAAUCGUUUUUUGUGGAUGAAAGAAUUGUUUCCCUUGGAUAGGGAGGAAAUUUUGCUGUUCAAGACAUCGGUCAGCUUCAUUGAUCAUCUGCAGGAAUUUCUUAGUGCUAUUCUUACUGGAGCCCCAUUGGUUGUACCUCCUUUUGAGGAAUUAAAAACAAAUCCAUUUUGUAUCAUUGAUUUUCUCAAGGUGUAUUGUGUUUCAAGGCUUACUAUUGUUCCAUCACUGAUAAGACUGAUUCUUCCUGCUAUUGAGAGCCCCCAGGAUAUGCGGAUUCAAAGGUCCUUAAAACUGUUAGUUCUUAGUGGAGAAAUUCUACCUAUAUCUUUGUAUAAUAUGCUUCGCAAGCUCUUGCCAGAGACUUCUAUCCUGAACUUGUAUGGAAGCACAGAGGUAUCCGGUGACUGUACAUAUUUUGAUUGCAAAAGAUUAUCGAUGGUCUUGGAAACUGAGGAGCUGAGCACUGUGCCAAUUGGGAUACCAAUAUCUAACUGUGACGUAGUGCUUGUUGGAAAACCAAAUGCAUCCAGUGAAGGAGAAAUAUAUGUUGGUGGUCACUGCAUUUCUAUUGGAUACUUCUGUAAUCCUACUAUUACAUCUUUGGACUAUGUAAAGUUGCCUGAAGAAACUGUUUGUAAUUGUUCUCCCUUCAAGAACUCUGCAACUCAAAUAUACUUUAGGACUGGCGAUUUUGCUAAACAGCUUCCAAGUGGGGAUUUGGUUUAUCUGGGGAGGAAAGACCGUACCAUAAAAGUCAAUGGACAGCGUGUUGCUUUGGAGGAGAUAGAAAAUACUUUGAGGGAGCAUCCUAAUGUGAUUGAUGCUGCUGUGAUAUAUCACAAAGAUGCUGGAAAGCCUACAUACCUUGUAGCCUAUAUAGUACUGGAAAAAAAGGCUGAAGACCGUGAAGGAUUGAGAUCUUCAAUUGGAAGUUGGUUGACCAAAAAGUUAGCUACUGUAAUGAUUCCUAGCCGUUAUUUAUGCAUUGACUCAUUGCCUUUGUUGUCCAAUGGGAAAAUCAAUUAUGCAUUUAUGGAAGAAUUAUCACUUUCCCCGAGGCAGGCUCAAAAUGAUAUUGGUGCCUCUGAAUGUGACUUAGAUCCUUUGCAGGUCAUCAAAAAGGCUUUUUGUAAUACUUUGAUGGUUGAAAAGGUUGCGGAUGAUGAUGAUUUCUUCAUGAUGGGUGGGAAUUCAAUUACUGCAGCACAAGUUGCUUAUAAAUUAGGAAUUGAUAUGAGAUUGCUAUAUAUCUUUCCAAGUGCAUCUAAGCUUCGAAAUGUCCUAGAAAAGGAAGGAUCAUAUAAGGAUAACUUCAACAUUUUUGCGGAUUGGGUUGUAAGGCCAAAACUAGACGAGGGAAAGAUGCUGCGUUUAUCAGACUCUGUGGAUACUAAUCUAUACAAAUCCAAGUCACUUACAAUCCUUUCUGAAAGGAGUGACAAUUUGCCUGAUAGUUCAAAAUAUCUGAAAACAGAUUCAAGUUUGUACACAAAUUCAGCAAGCUUACUGCCACAAAAUAUCCAACCAUUGUUUUCCAGCUUUAAUUUAUCUAGAGCAUAUUCAUUCAGCCGUAGUAACAAGGUAAUAUGCAAAGGGGAUUAUGAGAUCAAUGAUGUAGACCCAUGCUGGUCAGUUGAAAUUCACAGAAAUAGAAAAGGCAGCAUGCGUGAAUUAUGGAAAGUUCAUUUGGAAUCAUGUGUGGAUGCAUCACCAUUGGUUGUGUUCACUGAAGGCCAAACAUACUUAUUUAUUGGAUCUCAUUCACAGAUAUUCCUGUGUGUCAAUGCCAUAAGUGGUUUUGUCCAGUGGCAAGUAAAAUUAGAAGGUCGGAUUGAAUGUUCAGCAGCAAUUACUAGUGAUUUUUCUCAGGUUGUUGUUGGGUGUUAUAAAGGGAAAAUCUAUUUUCUUGAUUUCAUGACUGGGAACAUUUCAUGGGCCUUCCAAACUGGAGGUGAGGUUAAGUCACAGCCGGUUGUGGACAAAUGUAGAAAUUUGAUCUGGUGUGGAUCACAUGAUCAUAAUCUCUAUGCUUUGGAUUACAAAAAUCAUUGUUGCGUCUAUAAGACCUCAUGUGGUGGGAGUGUAUAUGGGUCACCUUCUAUUGAUUUGGUACGUUACAUGCUUUAUGCGGCCUCUACUAGUGGGCGUGUGACAGCUAUAUCAAUAAAGGCAUUACCUUUCAGCAUUGUAUGGCAGUAUGAGUUGGGGGUGCCUGUUUUUGGUUCUCUUUCCAUCAGUUCUCCCAGUGGAAAUGUUAUUUGUUGCUUGGUUGAUGGCCAUGUAAUUGCAUUAAACCCAAGUGGCUCCAUCAUCUGGACGGUAGUAACAGGUGGUCCACUAUUUGCUGGAGCAUGCAUAUCUUAUGUCAUUCCCUCUCAAGUGCUUAUAUGUUCUAGAAACGGAAGUGUGUAUUCAUUUCAGUUGGAAGGAGGGCAUCUGCUCUGGCAAUAUGAUGUUGGAGAACCGAUUACUUCAUCUGCGUAUGUCGAUGAGAAUAUGCAAUUAUCUGAUCCUUCUCAUUUGGCUGACAGGUUGGCUUGCAUUUGCGGCAGUUCAGGAAGCAUAUAUUUGCUUCGAAUCAACUCAAAUGCUGCAACAUAUGGGAACCAGCCAGCAAAAGAGUUGGUGGACCCGAUGGUGCAGGAAUUUACACACAUGAACCUCCUAGGAGACAUUUUCUCUUCACCUGUGAUGAUUGGUGGCCAAAUUUAUGUUGGUUGCCGAGAUGAUUAUGUGCACUGUAUUGGAGUUGAGGCUAAGGUUUCGGCAAAAAAUGAUGGUUGAAGAUCCAAGAGGGGUCAUUCUUUCACAAAACUACUCAGGUCCAUUCAUCAUUCAUAUGCCUGUACAUUCAUCAUUGAACACUGGGAAAAUCCUGGAAGGUCCAAAAGUAGAAUGCACCAAAAGCAAAUAGCCAAACAGCGUACCAAAAGCUCCUUACAAUGUCAUUCCCGUAAUUUAUUGAUUUAGCCCUCUAGAGGUGCUCAAGAUGGAUUUGCUGC